AUGAACUCGAAGAGAGACAGGGAUCUGUCGGUCAGCGUGACGACUUUCUACAUGAAAUUCGUCGGUUUUUGGCUGGCGUCUAAUUACGCCGAGAAACGUUGGAGGAACAUCGCCAUAAGCUAUACGCUCUUCACUAUCCUGUUCUCCAUAUCGAACGAGACGAGAUCUUUGUACUUCAGUUGGGGAAAUUUGAAUGAUAGUAUGUUCACCAUUUGCAACGUCGUAACUAUCGCUCUAGUUAUAGUGAAGCUGAUGGCCUUGUUGGUAUAUAUGGAGGAGGUGCACGAUCUGAUCAGUUACGCGAAGAAGAAUUUUUGGCAUGCAAAUUAUGACUCAUACGAGCAGAGUAUCGUGGAUAAUUGUAAAAAUACCUGUACACUGUUCGUUUGCACCUUCACGUUCUUUGCUCAGGGAACAACGUUGACUUAUGCGAUAGAUCCAUUUCUAGAAAACCGUGGGAAAAAUGACACUGACAGGGUACUUCCUUUUAAUAUGUGGCUCGAGUUGCCAUUAAGUGUAACACCGUAUUUCGAAAUAAUGUUUACAAUACAGGUUGCACUUUUGUUUCACGUUGGUGUAUGCUAUCAUUGCUUCGACAAUCUUUUAUGCAUUAUAAAUCUACACACAUCUGUUCAGUUUCGGAUCUUGCAAUACAGACUGGCGAAUAUCUGUAAUGAUAACGAGAAAUGCAAAGAAGCUUCAGAGAAACCACGAUGUACCGCGAAUAAUUAUAUGAAACUUAAAAAUUACAUACAACAACACCAAGGGUUAAUUGAAUUUUGCAAAAGACUCGAGUGUAUAUUCCGUUCAAUUGUGCUUGGACAGGUGUUACUAUUCAGCAUCUUAAUCUGCCUCGAUGGAUACUUGGUACUUAUGGAUAGCAUUACACGUUCAAGACGCAUUAUUUUUGCAUUUCACAUAUCCGGUUGCAUGUGUCAAUUGCUAAUGUUCACCUAUAGUUGCGACUGUUUGAUAAGGGACAGUAUGAACGUGGCCCACGCCGUGUAUAAUAGCGAGUGGUCCCUAUUGCCAAUGGACAAGUAUGGAAAAAUGUUAAGAAGAGACUUGAUACUCGUUGCCAUGAGAUCUCAGACACCGUGUCGUUUAACUGCUAAUGGCUUCUUUGUUGUGUCUUUGGAAACAUAUACUAACAUUCUGAGUACCGCGGUAUCAUACUUUACAUUGUUGAGGAACAGCACAGAGGAUACGUAG